GAGCGAUAACAUUCUAUAUAGUUAGGAAGUAUAAUUACAUAAAAAUGAUCAUACAGCCCAACUAAUAAUGACAGCUCGGUAAACUCGCUAUUUUUGGAUAUAGUAGAACUGAUAUGCAAGUACAAUUAAGAUUUAUAACCCUAGAUUAAGUCAGCUGUGACGUUACUGUACUCCACUUGGAUUCAAUUCGUUGGCAAUUUAAGCAACUUUCUUUUAUUCGAACACUCAACUUUUAAAUAAAAUGCCAUUAUCACUCGCACUUGAAGGAACCGUUAUCGUAUCUGGUGGUAACCGCGGUAUUGGUUACGAACUCAGUCGCUCAGUAGCAGAAUCAGGUGCUCAAGUAGCAAUCAUUUACAGAUCAGCUAAAGACGCAGACGAAGUAGCUGCUAAGAUUUCAAAAGAGUUCAAUGUCCCAGUAAAGGCAUUCCAAUGUGACGUAACCGAUCAAGAAAGCGUCAAGACUGUCGUCAACAAGGUCGACAAGGAGUUUGGUCCAGUUACCGGUUUGAUUGCCAACGCUGGUGUCGCUGAACUUAGACCAGCUCUUGAAUUGACUAGAGCAGACUUCGACAAGAUCUACAACGUUAACGUUUACGGUGUAUUCAACACCGCUCAAGCAGUAGCACAAUUGUGGGUUAACAAGAAGUUUGAAAAGGGCUCAAUCGUUAUCAUCUCUUCCAUGUCUGGUGAAAUUUAUAACACCUGCGCACCAAAUCAAGCAUUGACGCAAGUAUUCUACAACUCAUCAAAGGCUGCUGUCACCCACCUUGGAAAAUGUCUCGCUGGUGAAUGGGCUCAACACAAGAUUCGUGUUAACACCGUUGCACCUGGUUACGUAAACACCGAUCAAACGAAGGAUCACCCAGAAGAAAUCAAGUCAUAUCAAGCUAAGAACACACCACUUGGUAGAUUCUGUCACCCAUCUGAACAAGCUCCUAGUGCAAUCUUCUUGCUCUCCGACAAGGCAUCAUUCAUCACAGGUGCUACUAUAAUCAACGAUGGUGGAUAUACCAUUUGGUGAUUAAUGUAAUAAAUUGAUUGUAUAAACAUAAUUUCGUCAUUGC